AUGUUUUUUAGUAAUAAAACUAGUAAUGGAAAGGAUGAGCUUUCUGUAGUGGAAACUCACUCAUUAGGGUCAGGAUCUACUGAUGACCCAAACACCAACUUGAAAAGAGCGCUUAAGGAUAGACAUAUUUCGUUAAUAGCGUUAGCAGGAAUCAUUGGACCUGGUAUUUUGGUUGGAGCUGGUAUAGCACUUCGUAAUGGGGGGCCAGCAAGUUUAAUCAUUGGAUUUGGCUUUAUCGGAUUAGUGGCAUUUAGUAUGAUGCAGUCUCUAGGAGAGCUUUCAACUUUAUAUCCAACUGGUGGAGCAUUUUCAACAUAUGGUAAUAAGUUUGUAGACCCUGCAUUUGGUGGUGCGGUAGGUUGGAACUAUGUGAUAAUCUGGAUCGCCGUUCUUGCUAAUGAAUACAACACAGUAGCAGCAAUUUUACAGUUUUGGGGACCUGAAGUUCCUUUGUAUGGCUACGUUCUCAUAUUUUGGUUCGCAUUCUUGGCAUUUCAAUUUUUAGGAGUCAAAGCAUUUGGAGAAGCUGAAUAUUGGUUGGCACUUUUCAAAAUUGUUGCAUUGAUUGCUUUUUAUAUAUUUUCAAUUAUAUAUGUAUCUGGUGGUGUGAAAGGAAGACCAGCAUUUGGAUUCCAAUAUUGGAACAAUCCUGGCGCUUUUGCUGAUGGAUUCAAAGGGGUUGCAAGUGUGUUUGUUUAUGCGUCUACUUUCUAUUCAGGAACAGAAUCUAUUGCUAUUGCCGCAAGUGAAGCAAGAAAUCCGUCCAAGGCUGUACCAAGCGCAAUUAGACAAACAUUUUUCAGAAUCAUCUUUAUAUAUAUGGGUGUUGCUAUCACCUAUGGUAUGACUGUGCCAUUUAAUGACGAAUCUUUAGUCAAGGGUACGAAGACUUUAAAAUCUCCUAUAACUAUUGCGAUUGCCCGAGCAGGAUGGGCGAAUGGUGCACAUUUAGUCAAUGUUGUUAUUUUAAUUACAUGCAUCUCGGCAAUCAAUAGUUCCAUUUAUAUCGGAUCAAGAACAAUUGUUAACCUUGCGGUUGAAGGGUCAGCUCCAAGGUUUUUCAAGAGAGUAAAUAAAUGGGGUGUUCCAUAUGCUGCUGUCAUUUUAAUGAACUUGUUUGGACUCCUUUCUCUCAUGAAUAUUAGUACAGGUGCUGCCAAUGCAUACAAUUACAUUGUCAAUUUAUCUGGAGUUGCUGUUUUUAUAGUGUGGGGAUCAGUUUCAUUUAUCCAUUUCAGGUUUAGGAAAGCAUGGAAAUUACAAGGUCGCUCUUUAGAUGAAUUGCCAUUUAAAGCACUUUGGUUUCCAUGGUUAGCCUGGUUCGGUCUAUUCUUUAAUAUUUUCCUUGGUCUUAUUCAAGGAUGGUCGUAUUUUAAACCGUUUGAUGCAGGUAACUUCGUUGAUUCGUAUGUUCUUAUCCCAUUUUUUGUGAUACUAUAUUUGGUACUAAAGCUUGUGAACAAAACCAAGUUGGUCAGAUUAAGUGAAAUUGACUUAGACGAGGGUAGACGUAAAGAUAUUGAUCACCUUACGGGCUGA